AUGCACGACUAUCAGUACAACCUGGAGGUGGUGAGCGUCGUCCCGGCCGAAGUGCUUACCGAUACCAGAGACGAGCGUAGACACAAGCUCAUCCUUCACUGCACCCGGCGCGAUGCGAUAAUUGACUGCACCACUGCACCGUCUACGUUCGAAGUGCGUAAUGCACCGAGCUUCGAGCUAGUUUCGAUCUCGCUUGUGGCGGUCGAUUGCGCAGGCGGCAGCGAGCAUGUUGAGGCGAGCUCGUCGGACCCUCUUCUCGUUGGCGGUCCACAUCGCACGGUUGGAGCAGUAUGGGUGCCUUUAAGGUCUGUGUCCGCUGUGGAUUCCGCCUCCGAGGCAUCGGCUCCUGUCAGUCGUGUCUUUGUAGCCUGGUCGGUGACACGAAUGGAUGGCGAUUCAGUAAGAAAGGGUGAUCUGGAGCUGUCGCCAGGAAAGACGCCGGUUUUGACGCCAGAUCCGACUGUCUCGCCCCUCAUCGCAUCGCCCUUCGCGCUAUCUGCUACGGAAGACAGCCUGCCACCAAAUCACUUCAGCUCAACGCAUCAGGGUGUAGCUUCGGAGCUUGAGAGCGCAGAGGCAGAUACACCCAAGGCCGCCACCGCAGCCACGGUCACGACGGCUACCACCACCGAUACGUUCCCCGUCACCAGUGAUGCUGGAGCCGGCUCGUCACUUUCUUGCGCUGUCGUUGGAUUGUGUGUGCCACCGCUGCACGGCGUCAUCUGCAGCGAGGAGGUUUUGUGGCCUCUUAACGCCUUCGAGGCGGGCUCGGCACGAGGGAGCAGAUUGACUGAAAGCACUAACGGACCUUUCGCAGACAAAGGCAGUGUUCUCUCUCUCCUCCUCUCUCGACUUGUGGUGGGCAGCAGCGUCACGAAUCCCGAGAUCAGUGCAGGAGGUCAAGCGGCGCGCGUCUCCGUCGUGCUCGACGAGGGGCAGGAAACGGGCCAACAACGCAUCGAGAACGACCGCUGCGGUGCCAGCCGUGCGCCAAGUACACAUGCAGGGGGGGUCGCAGCACCGGGGCAAGAUCCACUGCAUCGCGCUUCAGCUGUUGAUGUGGAGCGCCACGGCGGUGCCCCCUCCACGAGUGCGCUCUGCGAACCUGCGGAGCAGCAGGUUUGUGGCUGCCAAGAUAUCGUGCUAGAGCAGUUUCCAUUCUGCAGUGUGUCACUCACAUCGAAGGGCACGAUUGCUACUUCGUCACCGCACUCGCCAGCAUGCACGCCGGCAUCCGAAUCAAGCGCAAACGCUGCGCAUGCGGAAAAUGGUGCUGAGCACACCGGCGCCUCCGCCGGCCACGUUGGCUCUCUGCAGCUCGACCCAGCGCUUGCCGCAGCCGACGCGCGAACCACCACGUGGGUGGACUACUAUGCAUCCAGCACGCAGGCGAUUGGGGUUGUUCCUCUCCAGACUCGACUCCAGAAUUUGUACACGGUGCCGUCACCGCAGCUACUGGAUCGCUUGAAGGAUCAGUUGGGACCUCCGUCUUUGUCUGCGGCGUCGCCGACGGCAGAGCCGGCGCCAGUCACCUAUCACGGACUGUGGUACGGGCGGGAUCGACAGAUCAACUUCUCUCGGUGUCUUGGGAGCAGCGGCUCUGCACAGGAGGAGAUUCGGCGCGAGCAAGAGGUGAAGCGGAGCGGCGCCGCGCUGCUUGCUGGCAUGCAGAUUGAUGGCGGAGACAGCAGCGUAAGCCCGUCGGCUUCGCCGAUGGCUCGGGUGAAGGGACACUAUGUGGAGGUGCGCACCGAGUCUGCCCUAGCGCUGCUGCGACGACAGGCACUUGGCGGACUGCAGCGACGGCGCAUCAUGUAG